GACAGGAGCUCAUAUUUGUACGAAAAGAAUAACAACAGCACAUUUAAUCUUCCAUGCUACUUGUAUGACAGCUGCGUUUUCACUCUCUCAGCUAUCUUGAGGGAUGAUCACACAGAGCUAAUUUUCAUAUGCUCAGGAUUUCCAGAUAGGAAUAUGUGUAUUGUAGUGGCUGUUUAUCUGAUUCAAUCACUAAUUGUGUGGGUAUUAACAUGAAUACAACAGGAAAGCAGCGUAUUUCACAGUUAGUACCAAUGAAGAGACACGCAAAGCUCAGUGGAUAAAAGGCUUGUAGUCCCAGCUGGGAAAAUAGUUCUAUUAUCUCCCAGCUGCAUAGACCUUCCAUACGGCUCUGUUCUGCCUCGAUGAACACUGUGGCUUGCUGAGAGCUUGAAACAGUUCUGCAGAAAAUUGUAAAGAUCCUGAGACAUUUCACUGUUAAGAUCUGAUAUCAAGGUAGUCACAGGAGGCCACCCUUUAUUUUCCACUGAUUGGAUGGGAGCAAUUUUUGACCUUGGAAAGUGGAGAUGGUGUUGCUAUGGAAACUAAUAAGUCUGCUGCCAUUCAUGAGCUGCAGCACAGAGGAAGAAACCCUUCAUGGUCUUAUUUUUAUCCAAGAGCCAUAUGACACCACUUACUCUGUGGCCUCAGCAAAUACAGAAAUCCUACUGAACUGUACAGCUAAAGGAUACCCACUCCCAUACUACAGGUUGGUUGGAGGCAGCUUAGCAAUCAAUAACCCACAUAAAAACCAGGAUAUUGGAACAUACCAGUGUUUGGCCACAAAUUCGUUUGGAACAAUUCUGAGCAGGACGGCAAAGCUUCAAUCUGCAUAUCUUGAAAAUUUUGAAACAAAACCAAGAAGCACAGUGUCAGUCAGAGAAGGAUAAGGAGUGGUUCUGCCCUGUGGUCCUCCACCACAUUACAGAGGCUUGUCCUAUACAUGGAUCUUCAACAAUAUCUUAUAUGUUCAGGAAGAUAGCUGCUGCUUUGUUUCUCAAGAAACCAGAAAUCUGUACCUUGUCAAAGUAGAGCCAUCAGAUGUGGGUAACUACACUUGGACUAACUCCAAAGCAGAUCAAAGUGUGCAGGGGCUACCCACUCCUCUCACUCUCCGCAGUGAUGGUGUGAUGGGGGAGUAUGAACCAAAGAUUGAAGUGCGUUUUCCAGAAACAACAUAUGCAGCAAAGGGCUCAUCUGUUAAACUGGAAUGCUUUGCCCUUGGAAAUCCUGUCCCUAGUAUUAGCUGGAAGAGGUCUGAUGUAAACUCAUUGACAAAUGAGCACAGCAAAACCAAAGGAGUUCUUGAAAUCCCAAAUGUUCAGCAAGAAGAUAAAGGCUCUUAUGAGUGCAUCGCAGGAAACAUUCGAGGAAUAAACAUUGCAAGAGGUCAAUUAUCUGUCUAUGCACUCCCUGAAUGGGAUAAAAAGAUCCAAAAUGCCUUUCUGUCUCUCUAUGACAGUUUAUUUUGGGAAUGUAAAGCUAAGGGAAAACCAAGCCCUUCCUACAGUCAGUUAAAAAAUGGCCAGCCACUCACACCAGAGGAAAGAAUUCAAAUAGAAAACGGAACUCUUAUCAUACCUAUGCUGAAUAUGUCAGACUCUUGCCUCAAUCAGUGCGUGGCAGAAAACAAGUGCGGCACUAUUUAUGCCAGUGUUGAGUUGCAAGUGAUAGCUGCAGUACCUGAUUUUUCCAAAAAUCCUGUGAAAAAAAAGUCUGUUGUUCAAAUUGGAGGUGAAGCUACAAUUGGGUGUAAACCAAGUGCUUCUCACAGAGCAGUUAUUAACUGGAGAAAAGGCCCAGAGAUUCUGCACCAGAACAAAAGGGUCAUCUUACUAGAGGAUGGCAGUCUCGGGCUCUAUAACAUCACCAAAUCAGAUGCCGGGGUGUACACCUGUAUAGCAACAAAUCAGUUUGGAGUUGCCAGAAAUUCAGGGAACCUGGUUGUGAAAGAAAGAACUGUAAUUACUAUUCCACCUUCUAAUAUGGACCUAACAGUUGGAGAAAGCAUAGUCCUUACAUGCCAGGUGUCUCAUGACCCCUCUGUCGAUGUGGUGUUCAUAUGGUCAUUCAAUGGCAGUAGAAUUGAUUUUAAUAGAGAAAUACAUCAUUUUGAAAGAACUGGGAAAGAGUCUGUCAGGGAUUUGAUGAUAAGAAAUAUUCAGCUACAUCAUUCUGGGAAAUAUGUACGCAGGGUACAAACAACUUUAGACAGUCAAUCUGCAACAGUAGAUAUAAUUGUGAGAGGCACCCCAGAUCCACCAGAAGAUGUUAAAGUUGAACAUAUUUCUAGCACUACUGCUGUGUUAUCCCGGAAGUCUGGAAUAGAUAAUAAUAGUCCAGUCCAGAUCUACAGUGUUCAGACGAGGACUCCUUUCUCAGUUGGAUGGCAGACAGUUUCAACAGUUCCUGAAGUCAUUAGUGGUAGGACUCACAAGGCAACAGUGGUUGAAUUAAGCCCUUGGGUUGAAUAUGAGUUUUGUGUGGUUGCCAGCAACAGUGUUGGAAUUGGGGAACCAAGCAGACAAUCAGCUCUACUGAAAACUAAAGCAGCAGUUCCUGCUGUGGCACCAACAAAUAUCAGUGGAGGAGGAGGAAGCCUCUCUGAGAUGGUGAUCACAUGGGAGCCAGUUUCAGAAGAGCUACAAAAUGGAGAAGGUUUUGGCUACAUCGUUAUGUUUCGUCAUCUUGGCUCAGCAAACUGGACAAAAGCAGUGGUGGCUUCAGUGGAAGCAAGCAAAUAUGUUUAUAGGAAUGAAAGCAUUAAACCUCUCUCUCCUUUUGAAGUGAAAGCUGGCGUCUACAACAAUGAAGGAGAAGGGACUCUGAGCUCCAUUUCCAUCAUCUACUCAGGGGAAGAUGAGCCACAGACAGCACCAGUGAGGGCUUUUGCACUGAGUAUUUCAAUGGCAGAGGUAGAGAUCUCCUGGAAGCCCAUCGCAUGGAACAGGCAAACAGGCAGGGUGCUGGGCUAUGGAGUUUUAUAUUGGACUGAUGAUCGCAAGGAAAGCACAGCUGGUAAAGUCAGAGUCAGGGGGAAUGUAACAGCCAAAAAUAUCACAGGACUAAAAGCUAACACAGUCUAUUUUGCAACAGUUCGAGCUUACAACACUGCAGGGUCUGGGCCUUCUAGCACCCCGGUAAAUGUCACCACUAAAAAGUCACCACCAAGUCAACCUCCGGCAAACAUUGCCUGGAAACUGACAAAUUCCAAAAUCUGUUUGAACUGGGAACAUGUAAAAACAAUGGAGAACAAAUCAGAGAUGCUAGGCUACAAAAUUUUGUAUAGACAAAACAGACAUAGCAAAACGCAUAUACUGGACAACACUUCAGCUGAAUUUCUGGUACCAUUUGAAGAAGAUUAUCUCAUAGAAAUAAGAACAGUCAGUGACAGUGGGGAUGGCAGCAGCAGUGAAGAAAUUAGGAUUCCAAAAAUAUCAAGUUUAAUCUCUGAAGCAAUAAAAUUUUCCCAAAGGGUAAACCAUAUAUUGACAUCUGGGGUCUUGCUAUUGAGUUCUAUUCUUAUAUAGUAAUUUCCUUGAUGAUUAAAAAAAUGCUCAGCCAUGGACUUUUAAAAAUAAGCCAUGUGUAGAUUUUAUCUUAAUACUUAACUGUGACCAACAUUCCUGAUAAACAGUGGGGAUGGUGGAGGGAGAAAGAAGUGGUCUAUUAUUAAGAAAACAUUAGGUAUCAAUAUUACAUUAAUUUUUAAAAAUAAGCUUUGAAAUUAAUGGAUAAAUGUAUAUGCAUUAAUUUAAUGGAGUGAUGCCAAAAGUAACUUCAGAUUGUAAGGAGAGUGAUCUCAAAUAUUUUACAAGCAGUAUUUCUAAUUGAAACUCCAGUAUAAUGGUACGUCAAACAUGAAAGACGUCUGACAAGCUGUUGUAACUGAGAAAAGAUUUGCAAUUGCUUGUGAUGUGGAUAUUAUUUAUCUCACUUUCUUCAAGGUAACCUGUAAAGAGAAAUAAAACAAAAAACACUUUCAAUUAAAAGCUAUUUGUUUACUUUUUGCACUUGUUUUAUUACAGAGAGUGCCAUACAAUGCAUUAAUAAAGUGUACUGUACUAUUUUUUCAGAAAAUGAAAACUUAAAUAAAAGAAAUUACAUGUA